AUGUCCACUCCAUCCCCUUCCUCCUCCUCUCCGCUCCACCAACCUUCGUCGACUCCAUAUUCGCCGGCGCCCAGCGCCGGCAAGAAACCGCAGCCGGUCCCCUGGACCCACCAGCAAACAGUCCACCUGAUCCAGGCGUAUCAGGAGAAAUGGUACGCCUUGAAGCGCGGCCAGCUCAAGGCCGGGCAGUGGGAAGAGGUCGCCGCCGCUGUGGUCUCUCGCUGCGGCCACAACGGCUACCAGCCGGUGAAAUCCUCCACGCAGUGCCGCCACAAAAUGGACAAGCUCCGGAAGCGUUACAGGGAGGAGAAACGCCGCGCUUCCCUUGGGGGUGUGUGUUCCUGGCCUUACUUUCGGUUGAUGGAGGCCUUGGAAAGGGGAUUGCCGCCAUUGCCGAUUGGCGAUGGGUUUAAUGGAGAAGAGGGUUAUGAUUACGGUGUGGAAGAGGAGGGAGAGGAGGAGGAGGAAGAGGAGGAUGAAGAGGAGGAAGAAGAAGAGGAGGAAUCUGGGUAUAGAAGUAGGUCAAGGAGUAUCAAUUACAUAAUUCGGCAGCCGAGUUCUAGUAAUGGUUUUGGUGGGAGUGAUUCAGGGAGUUUGAAAGAGAUGGGGUGGAAGAAGAGAAAGAGAGAAGGAGUGAAGGAAAGGGAAGAGAAUGGAAGAGGCGCGGCCGCAUUGGCAUUGGCAGAGGAAAUGAGGGCAUUUGCUGGGAAGAUGUUGGGAGUGGAGAAGAAGAAGAUAGAGAUGGUGAAGGAAAUGGAAAAGAUGAGAAUGGAGAUGGAGAAUAAGCGAAUGCAUAUGUUUUUGGAUGCUGAGAAGAAGAUUAUUGAGAGUAUUCAAAAUGCUUUUGAGACGCAGGAGAAAUGA